AUGGCACGUGUCCUUGCCGCCUCAGCGUGUGGAGCAGUGGUUGCAUUGGGCUUGUCGAAACUGCUGAGGGGCAAGGCAGAGGCGCGACAGGUUCCGCCACCUAUUGAGACGAAAGCGAUCGAUGGAAAGGCCAUUGCCGCCGAGGUGCGAGGGGAGAUCAAGAAGGGCACGGCAGACGUCUUAGAACAUCUUUCUGAAAGUGUGAGCAAUAUCGAUAAAUUCCUUGGAUCAAAUCAAGCCUUCGUGGCCGAGUUGAAGGCUGCUCACAAUAUUACUCCUGGCCUGGCCGUGAUUUUGGUGGGAUCUCGGAAAGAUUCCCAGUCCUAUGUGAGGAACAAGAAAAAGGCUGCUGAGGAGGUUGGUUUCCAUACGGUGGACAUUGUCUUGCCAGAGACCGUCUCCCAGCAGGAGUUGUUGUCGGAGCUGGAGAAGCUCAAUUCAGAUCCAAAGGUGCAUUCCAUCCUGGUUCAGCUGCCGCUUCCGGAGCACAUCGACUCUGCGCUGGUACUCAGCAAGAUCCGCGUGGACAAGGAUGCUGAUGGUUUCUCAGCUGAGAAUGUCGGCAACCUCUGCAUGAAAGGAGGAUUUCCACCACUUGCCGUUCCCUGCACGCCAGCAGGUUGCGUCGAGUUGCUUCAACGCAGUAAUGUGGAAGUCGCCGGCAAAAAUGUGGUGGUGCUGGGCAGGUCCAACAUCGUGGGCAUGCCGGUGUCGCAGAUCCUGCAAUCCAUGGAUGCCACAGUGACAGUCUGUCACUCUCGCACCAAAGAUAUGCUCUCUUACCUCCGAAAUGCUGACAUCGUCAUUGCCGCCCUUGGAAAGGCAGAGUAUGUUCGUGGUGAGUGGUUGAAGCCUGGAUGCGUGGUGAUUGAUGUGGGUAUCAAUGCAGUUGAUGAUGCGACCAAAAAGGCGGGCUAUCGCCUUGUGGGCGAUGUCAAUUUUGCAGAGGCUCAGGGUGUUGCAUCCCAAAUAACUCCAGUGCCGGGGGGAGUGGGGCCAAUGACCAUUGUGCGGAACUCAGGUGGAUUUGUGGAUCUCAUAUGA